GGCUCUAGGGAGAGAAGCCCCCGCGCACCCCAGCAGGGCGCGGGCCAGGUGGCAGCGCCGGGGCUGGGCUGCGCGGAGGAGGCGGCCUCCCGGGCCAGGGGCGGUGGCAGGGGCGGCCCCGGGAUCACAUGGGCGGAGGCAGGUCCUGGAGCCCCGGGCGGGCUCUCCCCAGAGUCGGGCAGACGGCGGCGGCGGCGGCGGCAGCGGCGGUGUCUCCUCACCCUCCCUCCUUCCCUUCCCUCCCGGGUCUGGCCGCCCAGCCCGACGGGUGAGCGGGAGCCAGGUGAGCGGGAGCCAGCACCCAGCCCGCGGGUACUUUGGCCUCGGAGCGUAGAAGGAGCCAGAACUGGGAGAGCCGGGCGGGCCGACGGGCUGGGCACCUCCCCGCGGCCCAGGGCGCGGAGUCCACCGGCCGGCUCAAAGAUAUGGCACUGACGGUGGAUGUGGUGGGGCCAGGGCCCUGGGGCUUCCGGAUCACUGGGGGCAGGGAUUUCCACACGCCCAUCAUGGUGACCAAGGUAACUGAGAGGGGCAAGGCUGAGGCUGCUGACCUCCGGCCUGGCGACAUUAUCCUGGCCAUCAACGGGGAGAGCGCUGAGGGCAUGCUUCAUGCUGAGGCCCAGAGCAAGAUCCGCCAUAGCCCCUCACCCCUGCGGCUGCAGCUAGACCGGUCCCGGGCUGCUUCCCCCAGGCAGACCAAUGGGGAAAGCUCUGUGGAAGUGCUGGUGACUCGCUUCCAGGGCUCCAUGAGGACGCACACGGACAGCCAGUCCUCCCUGCGGUCUUCCUGCUCCAGCCCCGUGUCCUCCAGCCCCCAGCCAGGCAACCCCUUCUCUACCCUGUCCCCCAGCAGCCCACAUGCCCUCCCUGGAGAGGCUGUGGUCAGCCGCAGUUUCCAGAGCCUGGCACACUCCCCGGGACCCACUGCUGCUGACCGCUUCUCCUACGGGGGCUGCCCUGGAAGCCGCCAGGCCAGCCUCCCCCGCGCCGGCGACUCAGCUGUGCUGGUGCUGCCGCCUUCCCCGGGUCGGCGUUCCUCCAGCCCCAGGCUCAGUGUGGACUCAGAAGGGGGAAGUCGCCUUCUGGAAGAGGACUCAGAAGUCUACAAGAUGCUGCAGGAGAAUCGUGAGGCACGGGUCGCGCCCCGGCAAUCCAGCUCCUUUCGGCUCUUGCAGGAAGCCCUGGAGGCUGAGGAGAGAGGUGGCACGCCUGCCUUCCUGCCCAGUCAGCUGAGCCCCCAGUCCUCCCUGCCCACCUCCAGGGCCCCGGCCACCCCGCCCAAGCUCCACACGUGUGAGAGGUGCAGCAGCAGCAUUGUGAACCACGCUGUACGCAUCCAGGAGGGGCGCUACCGCCACCCGGGCUGCUACACCUGCGCAGACUGCGGGCUGAACCUGAAGAUGCGCGGGCACUUCUGGGUGGGGGACGAGCUGUACUGUGAGAAGCAUGCCCGCCAGCGCUACUCCUCGCCCCCCACCCUCAGCUCCCAGGCCUGAGCACCUGGCUGUGCUCUUAGCCCGCCCUCGACUCUGUGGACACCUCUGUGCCAGGGCCAUGCCAAUAGCAAGUUGGCAUGGAAGGGUGGUGGUGGGUGGUGGGGCCCCUUCCUCCACGCUAGGUGCGGCCAGGGCCUGGGACCUGUCCUGGGCUGUGCAUGAGGACGGCUUCGCCGGCCCAGGCCUGUGCUAGAUACUCUCACUUCCCCCUGCAGGACAGGCCGGGCACCAAAGUCGGUGGUGGGCACCGCAUUGGAUAUCUUUGUGCAACAGGGGUUAAGCAGGUUGGGACACAGAGAGAAAUAUGUAGAAAGAGAGGGGUGGUCAUAGGCGAAAGGUAUUCACUCUGUAAAGUUUUCAACAUAUGAGCUCUAUAAAUAUAUAUACAUGGACAAAA